AUGCUUCAACAACGACUACUACGAUCUCUGCAGCAGGCCACACGGCAGCCGCAGCUUCUGCGCGCCUCGAACAUCCACAGCACACCCUUUUGCGCCGCCACGUCAAAACUUGCGCCAGCCACAUCACAUCAACUGCUAGGGCGAAGAUGGUAUUCGGAAGCUACAAAGGAGUCUGAGAAAACAGAAGAGCAAAUGCUAAAGGAGAAUUCUGGCGAACAGAAUGCUAAGGACGACAAGAGUGCCGCGAAGGAGGACCCAGUGCAGAAAGAGCUCGAGGCCAAGAAGAGAGAGGUCAUCGAUGUGACAGAUCGCUUGAAGCGACAAGUGGCCGAGUACAGGAACCUCCAAGAACAGACGAAGCGCGAAGUCGCUGCUGCGAAAGACUUUGCGUUGCAGAAGUUCGCCAAAGAUCUGCUGGACAGCGUCGACAACCUUGACCGUGCUCUUGAGAAUGUGCCCCAAGAGAAGCUCACAGAUGAGAACAAGGAUCUUGUGAACCUGCACAGUGGGCUGAAGAUGACUGAGACGAUCUUGAUGAACACUCUCAAGAAGCACGGUAUGGAGCGGAUAGACCCCAGUGCCGAGAACGAGCCUUUCGACCCCAACAAGCACGAGGCAAUGUUUCAGGCGCCCCAGCCAGGCAAGAAGGAUGGUACCGUCUUCUAUACUCAGCAAAAAGGAUUCGUGUACAAUAACCGCGUACUCAGGGCGGCCAAGGUUGGCGUUGUUAAGAACUCAUGA